AUGAUGGACAACCUGGACAGAGCUGAACUCUGCUACCCUUAUCUACUCAACUUGUCCUGCAGAGGUUUGAGACGUUCUCGCUCUGAGGCUGUCCUCCUCUACACGCUGCUCUCCUCCAUCUCUGUGAUCACCGUAGCCCUCAACCUGCUGGUCAUCAUCUCCAUCUCCCACUUCAAGCAGCUCCACACCCCCACCAAUGUCCUCCUCCUGUCCCUGGCCGUCUCAGACCUGCUGGUCGGGCUGCUGGUGAUGCCGGUGGAAACGGUGCGGUUCAUAGAAACCUGCUGGCUGCUGGGGGACCUCAUGUGUGCUCUGUCUUACAUGACCGGCUUCACUCUCACCUCGGCCUCUGUGGGGAACAUGGUGCUCAUAUCGAUGGACCGUUUCGUAGCUAUUUGUUAUCCUCUGCAAUAUCCCAACAAAAUCACUCGCAGCAGGGCUCAGGUGUCUGUGAGUCUGUGCUGGGCCUGUUCGCUGCUGUACAACGGGCUGAUCUUAAAGGAACACCUGAGGCAGCCGGACAGAUACAACUCUUGCUACGGGGAGUGUCUGGUGGUGAUUGACUAUAUCUCUGGAACUGUAGACCUUGUUUUCACGUUUAUCAGCCCUUGCUCAGUCAUUGUCAUUCUGUACAUGAGAGUGUUUGUUGUGGCCGUGUCUCAGGCUCGAGCUAUGCAGUCUCAUAUUACAACUGUUGCAGGCAUUAGGGCAAGAGUCACCGCAAAGAAAUCAGAGAGAAAAGCAGCCAGGACUCUUGGUGUUGUGAUACUAGUGUUUUUGAUGACUUUCUGUCCCUAUUAUUAUCCUUCUCUAGCAGGACAGGACAUCUCAAACAGUGCUUCAUCCUGGGCCAUUGUGUCCUGGUUGGUACUUUACAACUCUUGUCUGAAUCCUCUGAUUUAUGCCUUUUUCUAUCCGUGGUUUAGAAAAGCGAUCAGGUACACAGUCACCCUGAAGAUAUUAGAGAAGGACUCCUCUCAGGCAAAAAUACUUUAAAGUCAAU